CAAAAGUAAACACGCAAUAUACAAUUUGAUUUAUUUACAUAAUAUAAGUUUACUUAGGUCUGUUUAUUUAGUAGCACAAAUUCUGGACAUUUAAUAAAAACGUAACUUAAUAUUAGAAUAAAAUACUUGAUAUGUAACCGCAAAAUGUAUUGUUACUAUAUUCUCUCGUAGAUAGUAGUUCGAAAAGCUUAUGGCUACUGGUUGCUAAUGUAUUCUAAAAACUGGCAAAAAUAUCAAUGACACAGUAAAUACGUAAUCUACGUUUAAAUUUUCUAUCUAAAUUAUUUUUCACAAAGUAUAGGUACAGUUAAAAUUCUUUUAAAAAUAGAAGAAUGUCGGACCCUACCAUACAGACAUUCUGUUGCCACCAUACCGGAAAUAAAGAAGAUUUGGCAAUUAGGAUUAUGAAUGAAUUUAAUACUGAAUCAUAUAAUAUUGUCUGUCUAAUGUCUUCAAGCAUAGGAAUUCUUGGUUCCAUUUAUCAGAUUUUUCCAAGAAGAAUACCAAAUCUCUUCCAAAGAUUGAAUAGCUUAUCUGCUACCCGAGGGCGACAUAUUAUAAUCUGGUUAGCUGUAGCAGACUUGUUUGCUUCUCUAGGUGUUCUUGUCCGGUCAUCCCUGUGGUUGCAAUAUAAAAACAUAAUGCCUAUGCCCAAUGAUGAUGUUAGUGUUUUGUUUUGCAGCAUUAUAUCUGCUUGGACUCAGUAUUUCUACACCGCUACUUGGUUUUGGACAUUGUUCUAUGCAAUAGAUAUAUGGCAUUCAAUUAAAGGUCAAGAUUCUCAUCCAGUACUUUAUCACUCCUUGGCCUGGGGUAUACCAGCUGUAACUACAAGCAUUGGGUUGUCUAUUCUCUAUAUUCCAAAUGCUAGAUGUCAUAAUAUAACAUCAGUUUCAAGUGCAUUUUUAAGAAUACUUCCAAACUACUGUGCUACAUACUUACCCAUUUUUAUUGUUAUGGUGGUGAAUCCUGUUAUCUACCUUCUAGCUAGCAAAAAUAUAGAAAUGGCAGUUGCUCUUCCAUUGGCUCAGUUCACAAGUAAAGAAAGAAGGGUUGUUGAUACAUUAAGAUUAAAAUUCUUUUUGAUAAAUGCAGUAUUUUAUAUAUGUUGGUUACCAAACCUUGUAAAUGGAAUCUUAGUAUGGACAAUGUGGUUUAAAAUGCCUGUUAAAGUCAUAAUUUUAAUAUGGUAUAUUAUGGCGUUUCUGAAUCCAAUGCAAGCUUUACUGAAUGCUAUGGUAUAUCGAAAAUGGGCACCAUUCGAGAGUAAAUUCAGCCCAACGUUAGUAAAUUUACAAAAAGAUUUCAGCUUUCACGAUGAACAGUCGCCACUCCUUGGCUCUGAACCGCCGCGAUUGCCGAUGUCUCCGAUACCUCCAGCUAUAAAUAACUAUGCUACUUUGUGAUUUUUUGUUUUUAUUCGAAUAGUUAUUUAGACAUGUGUGUGUUUUUGUGAUAAUUAUAUGAAUACAUUUUGCAUUUAUAUA